AUGGCUAUAUCUAAGGCCAAGUUAUUCAGUACAGAUUUAUUUGUCAACAAUAUUGCUUUCAGUGACACUGACAACUUCCACUGUGCCACUGGUGUUUCAGUGUACGAGCUUCUGAAUGAGAUACUGGAAAAAAUGGUAAUGAAUGAAAUACUGGAAUCAAUGAAGCAAGAAAUGAGUUCUCCAUUUCUUGCUGCGUUGACAAAAGACAUUCAUGUGCUUCCUGAUUUCCAUGGAAACAGGUUAUCCCAUAACUCUUCCUCGGGAAAACGAAGCUGUGCUGCUAUUCUUGGUGCUGUUGCUUCGAAGAUGUAUUCCACUGUUAGAGAGGCCAUGCAAGCACUAAAUGCACCUGGCCGGGUGGUGUAUUCCUCUCACGACCCGAAAGUAAGGAAGUAUCACGACACUAAGUGUCGUAUCUUCCGUGAUCUUUACCAGCAGCAACUAUCCCAGCGUGCAAUGAUAAAAGAAGCUCUUUCAGAUGUCUAG